CAAGCAUUUCUGUUAGUGUCGUGUAGUCUCUUCGGAAAGACCGUCGCGUCGUUAGUGAGUGAUACUACGAUAUUCAAUGAUGCUAUACCCCACGCUUCUGGUCCUGGCAUCGGCAGCGCUGGCCGGCUGCGACGUGUCCCACCUCGUGGACACCACCACCACAGAGCCGCCGCCGCCGAAGCCCUACGUGUUCUCGUACACAGCUGGCCGCUACCCUGGACACGCUGACAGACAGCACAGCGAGGUCAGCGAUGGCAGCGGGACUGUCAGAGGCACAUUCUCGUACGUGGACCCUCGGCAGAAGCUCCGCACGGUGGACUACGUGGCCGACAAGGACGGCUUCCACCCGCUCCUGAGCGACCCGCUGCCCGACCACCCUACGGAUUCCGAGGCCGUCGCGCGUGCGAAGGACAAGCACUACCAGCUGUAUGCGCAGAUCGCACAACAACACUACGAGCAUCCUCACCCUGAUGGAGCGUCAGUGCCCCGCCAGUCCGUAGCAGUAGCGGAAGCGACAGCGAAGCACGCGCAGCUGUUCCGCGUGAUCGCCGAGCAGCACGCUCGCAUAGCGGCCGAGCGCGAAGCACUGCAGCGCGAGGACGAGGAGAAGCAGCUGUACCAGGAGUUGCAGCAGCACGAUUGAGAACGACAGCUCUGAUGAAGCAGCUUUUGGUUUCUCGAAGACUCUGGACUUGUUGGUAAAUCUGUUUUAAGUACUUACAUAAUAUAUAGUCUGGUCCGUAAACACGUAGAAUUUUGUCCAAUGACCCUAAGCUACCCAU